AUGCUGCCUUGGAGACGUGACAAAUUCGUGCUGGUGGAAGAUGAGGCCAAGUGCAAGGCGAAGAGCCUGAGUCCGGGGCUCACCUACACGUCGCUGCUCUCCAGCUUCCUGCGCUCCUGCCCGGAUCUGCUGCCCGACUGGCCCCUGGAGCGCCUUGGCCGAGUGUUCCGCAGCCGGCGCCAGAAAGUGGAGCUCAACAAGGAGGACCCGACAUACACCGUGUGGUACCUGGGCAACGCCGUCACCCUGCACGCCAAGGGCGACGGUUGCACCGACGACGCCGUGGGCAAGAUCUGGGCGCGCUGUGGGCCGGGCGGGGGCACCAAGAUGAAGCUGACGCUGGGGCCGCACGGCAUCCGCAUGCAGCCGUGCGAGCGCGGCGCAGCCGGGGGAUCGGGGGGCCGCAGGCCGACGCACGCCUACCUGCUGCCGCGCAUCACCUACUGCACGGCGGACGGGCGCCACCCACGCGUCUUCGCCUGGGUCUAUCGCCACCAGGCCCGCCACAAGGCCGUGGUGCUGCGCUGCCACGCCGUGCUGCUGGCGCGAGCGCACAAGGCGCGCGCCCUAGCCCGCCUGCUCCGCCAGACCGCGCUGGCGGCCUUCAGCGACUUCAAACGCCUGCAGCGCCAGAGCGACGCGCGCCACGUGCGCCAGCAGCUCCUCCGCGCCGGGGGCGCCGCUGCCUCGGUGCCCCGCGCCCCGCUACGCCGGCUGCUCAACGCCAAGUGCGCCUACCGACCACCGCCAGCCGAGCGCGGCCGUGGGGUCCCGCGCCUCAGCAGCAUCCAGGAGGAGGACGAGGAGGAGGAUCUGGACACGGAGGAGCGCCAGGAAGGAGCCCCCCAGUCCGAGCGGCCCGAGGUGCUCAGCCUGACCCGGGAGCUGAGGACGUGCAGCCUGCGGGGCGCUCCAGCGCCUCCUCUGCCCGCACAGCCCCGCCGCUGGAAGGCCGGCCCGAGGGAGCGGGCAGGCCAGGCGCGCUGA